AUGUUUUUCACCUUUACCAUUAGCCAGGUACAAAUGAGUAAAAAUGCUGCUGGAUCACAAUCAUCGGAAACAAAGCCAUUCACUUUGAAAAAAUGGAAUCUACUAGCACUGUGGUCAUGGGAUGUCGAGUGUGACACUUGUGCUAUAUGCAGAGUACAGCUGAUGGAUGCUUGCCUGAGAUGCCAAUCUGAAAACAAGCCUGACGAAUGCGUUGUUGUUUGGGGAGAAUGUAAUCAUUCCUUUCAUAACUGUUGCAUGGCUUUAUGGGUUAAGCAGAAUAAUCGUUGUCCUUUAUGUCAGCAAGUAAGCUUCGAAUGGUUUUGCCAAUUUAUAAUUAAGGAUUGGCAAGUUCAGAGGAUUGGUCAGUGA